AUGCCGCUUGAUGUCCUUCAAAUGAAUCCUUCAAAGCGACCAUUUGACGAAAUUCAAGAGCAUCCAUGCGAGUAUGGAAAAAGAAUAAAAGAGGGCAGUUUGCUAUCCUCAAAAAGGGCAUUCAGUGGCUCUUUUUUCCCUACCGAGAGGAGCAAAAAAUCCCGACCUUUUCAAGAAGAAGAAGAAGAAAAAGUGUCUAAAGAAAAGCAUGGGGCUUUAGAUCUUGGAGGUGUGGCCUUAGAUUUCGCAAGCAUGGCUUUAGCUCUUGUCCCCUAUAAAAAAGAAGGGGUAACCCAUCAUUGUCCCGACGCAGCAUCGCUAAUACGAAUUCCAUUUCCAAUCUAUGCCAGUGGCGGAUGCUAUGAAAUUUGUUCUGAAGAUGACAAGCGGCUACAGCCUUCAGACAAAAAUGCGCUUGUCGUGCAUCCAACAAUGUUCAUGACGCGCCUUUAA